AGAUUGUGUAGCGUAAAUACAUAUAUUUUAAUCAAAAUUUUUUUAUUCCGUUCUAAGUGGCAAAAUUUCUAGUGUGUAAAGUUUUCGGCAGUACCGCGUCACGUUCUAUAUGCUUUUAUUUUAAUACAAAAAAGUGCAAUAUAAUCAAAAAAAAAAAAAGAAAAAAAUAAAAAUAAACAUAAAUCCAAGAAAAAUGCAAUAGACCCAGACAUUCGAAAGAAGGUGCAUCCAAAAUUCAGCAGAAAGUAAAAUAGGCAAGUUCUAAGCAAUAAAUACCAAAACAAUAAAACAGAAACCGAAACCGAAACAAAAGCGAUAUAAAAGCAAUUUUGAACCGGAACACAGCGAGUACCAGAAGCGCAAACACAGCGAGUGUCAGCAGCAGAAAAAGAACGAGUUCCAAAAGCUGAAAACAGAACGAGAACGAGUUUCUUUAUGCAGGAACAAUCAUAAGGAUAUACCCGAACAAGCUAGAGAGAGAGAGAAACUAAAAGAUCGCUCGAAACCAUGCUGAGUUCUUUAGAUGCUUUGGCUGGUAAGAUAGCCACAGCCACGCCUGGAACGGGUGCCGUCACGGCGCCCAGUGCUGGUGGUAACAGCAAGCCGGCCCAGAGUCUGCACCAUCACCAUCAUCAUCUGGACUACGACUAUUCGGCGGUGGAGAUCGAACCGCCCGCCGAGCAGCUGGCCAAUUCGCCGCGUAACGAGCGAGAGAGAUUGCAACAGGCGCAGCAGUCGUACGAGCAGCAGGCCCAGGCCGAGCUGGAGUUUGGCCUGGCCGAGGUCACCAGUUGCCACAAGCUAACCCAAUUGAAGAGCGCAACCAGUCUGCAUCACCCGCAUUCGCAGGGCCAGCAGCAGCAGCAGCCGCAACAGCAGCAGCAGCCGCAACAGCAGCAGCAGCAACAGCAGCAUACUGCCAGCAAUCAAGGCGGCGGCAGGACAAUGACACAGAGUCGUCAUCCGCAUCAUCAUCAUUUGAACCAUCAUCAUGCGCCGUACCAUCAUCCCUAUCAGCGGCAUCGCCCCAGCUCGCCGCCACAAACGCCAUAUCAGCAGCAAUUGUCCCAGCUAGUGGCCCUGCAAGAUCAUCAUGAGCUGCUCCAGUCGCAGCAGGAGCUCUUCCACAAGCAGCUGGCCAAUAUGCAGGAGUACCAGCGCGAGCGAGAGCGCGAAAGGGAGCGAGAACGUGAUAGGGAACACAGGGAACGGAACAAUUUCAUCGAUAACAGCGAUUACGAUUCCCAGCAUGAGUUCAAAAUUUGCCUGAGGGAUAGUGCAUUUGGUAUGAGCGAUAAGAGUAGCAGUGCUACGAAUAGCCUGCCCAACAGUCCCAUUCACAGCAACAACAAUAAUCCAUCUCUGCUCAACAACAACAAUAACGGCGUGAACGGCAACAACAAUCAGAGCCUGGGUGGCAGCAACAAUUCGUUGGUCGGCGGCAUCGGCAACAACGGUAUUAUGUCUGCGGCAGGGCUCGUGAACAACAACAAUAAUCCGUGCAGUGCCAAUCGGAAUGUCGUCGUGAGCAUGGACGAUGAUUCGUGUUUCCGCCUAGAUGCCGAUGCCACGGUCACCUACAGCGACAAGGAGCCCGAUCCGGAUAACAUCAAGAUGUUUGUGGGCCAAAUACCCAAGUCCAUGGACGAGUCGCAGUUGCGUGAAAUGUUCGAGGAGUACGGACCGGUGCAUUCGAUCAAUGUGCUGCGCGACAAGGCCACUGGCAUUAGUAAGGGUUGCUGCUUUGUGACGUUUUUUACGCGACGUGCCGCACUGAAGGCCCAGGAUGCUUUGCAUAAUGUGAAGACACUUGCCGGGAUGUAUCAUCCCAUUCAAAUGAAGCCCGCCGAUAGUGAGAAUCGCAAUGAACGCAAACUGUUUGUGGGCAUGCUAAACAAGAAGCUGAACGAGAACGACGUGCGUAAACUAUUCGAAGUCCACGGCAACAUUGAGGAGUGCACUGUAUUGAGAGAUCAGAACGGCCAGAGCAAGGGUUGUGCCUUUGUCACAUUCGCCACCAAGCACGCCGCCAUUUCGGCCAUUAAAGUGACCCUAAGCCAAAACAAAAUCAUGGAGGGCUGCACAUCGCCGCUGGUCGUCAAGUUUGCCGACACCCAAAAGGAAAAGGAACAAAAGAAGAUCCAGCAGAUCCAGGCGAAUCUCUGGAACCUGGCCAGCAAUAUCAACAUCCCCUUGGGACAGACGGCCCAGAGUGUGUCCACACCGAUACUGCCGAACCCACCGCAGCAGCAGUCGCCCGUUCUGGGCGCCGAUGCACUGACACCGGCCUCCAUACAAUUGCUGCAACAGUUGCAGGCCGUGGGCCUGCAGCAGCAGUUGCUGCAAGCCCUUACCGGACUGAAUGCCCAGCAAAACAAUGCAAAUCAGGACAGUGCCGCUGCUGCCGCCGCCGCCGGACUCCUGACUCCGAUGACUGUGCAGAAUCUGGCCGCCAUUGCGGCCAUGACGCAGCCGAGUCUGACAAAUGCCGCAGCAGCCGCUGCCGCUGCCUCAUCGCCGGGCAGUGCCCAACUGCAGAAUACAGCGGCGUUGCUUUGCCUCCUGGGAAAGAAGGCCGCCGCCAAGACAUCAUCAUCGUCAUCAGCAUCGUCAGGGUCCGAUCCGAAUCCAUUGGCAUCGGCGUAUAUGUCAACAGCCGCCGGCUUGCCGCAAUUUGGAAGCGCCAGUGCAUUGUCCACAUCGCCGCUGGCCAGUGUGGCCCUGAGCGCCGCAGCAGCCGCUGCUGCGGGCAAGCAGAUUGAAGGACCAGAGGGAUGCAACUUAUUCAUUUACCAUUUGCCGCAGGAGUUCACCGACACGGAUCUGGCCUCGACAUUCCUGCCCUUCGGCAAUGUCAUAUCGGCCAAGGUGUUCAUCGAUAAGCAGACCAGUCUAUCGAAGUGCUUCGGCUUCGUCUCGUUCGAUAAUCCGGACUCGGCCCAGGUGGCCAUCAAGGCCAUGAACGGCUUCCAGGUGGGCACAAAGCGCUUGAAGGUGCAGCUCAAGAAGCCCAAGGAUGCCUCCAAGCCCUACUAGACAGGAGACGGAUCACCGGAGUAGUCAACAUCAUAGAAGUAAACAGAAAGAAGAGAAAAAAAACGGAAAAGAAGAAAGAAAUACAAAGAUUUGUCGAAUGGAGUAGUCACUGAAUGAGAGUUGCCCGUGUAGAGCGCGCGCAUCAACGCAAAAGUAUACCGAAAAGAUGCAAAUGCCAACGUUGUACGUAUAUGAAAAGAAAUCACAAACAAACAAACAAACAAAAAAAGACAUGAAAUCCGUGCCAAAUAGAGACAGCAACACUUGUGUAUAAAUAAGCACGUUAAAUGUUUGAAGUAGAAACGAAAAACAAACAAAAAAUCAAAAAAACUGAAAGAAAACCAAGAAUAUAUAUAUAACUAUUAGUCCGUAGUUUAGUUUACUUUUUUGUUGAAGUACUCUUUUUCCCGCACACCCCCCACACCCCCCACACCCCCCACACCCAUCUUUUACGACUCUUUUUCAUAUUUUUUUUAAACUGUCGUACGAGCUGGUUAAACCAACACUUUUUUUAAAUUAAAUAUUUUGUACACAUUUUCAUGACAAAAAAAAAAACAAAAAAGUAAAAAAAAAAACACAAAAGAUCUGUUCAGAGUAUUAGUUUGUAAGUUAUUUUGAUAUUUCCGAUACGAUAAUUUUAUAGAUAUAUAAUAUGCAGUUUACUAUCUGUUUGAUUUGUUCAUCGCUCAUGUUUCAAGUCGCAAUGAAGUUCUUUAACAUAAAAUAUAUAUACUAAAGAUGGUAUAUAUACUAGCUGUAGUUACAAGUUACUUGUUUUGUUCAAUGGAUUAUAUAUAUAAACAUAUCUAUAUGCUGCCGCAUAUAGUUAGUUUUUAGUUCUCUGAUUUGUUACUCACUUUUUAUUUGUACUGAAAGAAGCAAAUGUUUUUGUUAACCUCAUUUAAUAUUACUACUUCCUAUUAUUAUAAUUAAUCUCAACCACAACCACGUACGCUUCUGAGUGUUAAAAAUGCGAUAAAAACCAAAUGAAAUCCAAAAGAAAAACAACAACAAAAAGAAGGAAGUUUUGUUAUAGUCAAUGUUGAAGUACCAUUAAUGGAGUUUAUAUUUUUACUUUUGAUUUUCCAUUUACUCUUUUUUUCUAUCUCAGCAGCAUCUCUGGUAUUACACACAGAAACACCAUAUAUAAAUAUAGUACAUCAUUUUUCAUGUAAA